UAUGCAGAUCCAAAGCAAGUGUUAGAUUCUUUAUCAAUUAUAGACACUACUAUAGAAUAUAAUACAGUUACAGAGAUAGACCAAGUGAUUUCUAUUUGUGAGCCAGACGUAUAUCAAUCUAGUAUUCAUACGA